UUGAGUUUCAACUAAAAGUCUGCAUAAACAAACAAACAAACAAACAAACCACCCCAGCAUACAUUCAACUUUCUCAGAACUAUCAAGAUCAUCUUCUUCAACAUCAAACAGCAUCAUCGUCAUCGAUUUGGAUCUGAAGAAACCCAUUGAAUGAUUCACACAGUUUAGGCGUGGGUUAACUGAAAAUCAAGUCUUAUUGAAGGCUCCUUCAUCCCUUUCAACGUACCCAACAAGAGUCUUUUUGGGUCUUCACGUCGAUUCACCUUGCGACAUCUUCUCCAACGCGUCAAGAUGGCUCCAGUUCCAGUCCCAGAGGCCAAGCCAGCUGAAGAUAUCACCGAGUCUGAUGAAGAAACACAUCUGAUCAAGAUUGGAGUUGCGGCUAUGGAUCGAAAAGCGCGUUCGAAACCAAUGCGCAAUAUUUUGUCGCGACUCGUCGCCACCAAUCGUUUCGAAUGUAUCAUCUUUGGCGACAAGGUAAUCAUGGACGAAGAUGUCGAACAUUGGCCUGUUUGCGAUUUCUUGAUUAGCUUUUUCUCUACAGGAUUUCCUAUGGACAAAGCUAUCCGGUAUGUCAAAUUGCGCAAGCCAAUUUCAAUCAAUGACCUUCCGCUACAAAAGAUCUUCUGGGAUCGCCGUUUAGUGCUAGCAGUACUUGACAAGAUCGGGGUCCCUACACCUGCGCGAUUAGAGCUUAGUCGUGACGGCGGACCACGUUUAGAUCCAGAGGUGGCGAGUGAGUUGGAGACACGGCUGGGCAUCAAGCUCAACGAGCCGCGUCCAGUGCCCACUUCUGUUGAACUCGAAGGUGACACUGCCUUGAUCAUCGAUGGGAAACGGAUUGAAAAACCCUUUGUUGAAAAGCCAGUCAGCGGCGAAGAUCAUAACAUCAACAUUUAUUUCGGUAACGGAAUGGGUGGCAGGCGAUUGUUUCGCAAAAUUGCCAAUCAGUCCUCAACCCUGGACCCGGACCUCUGUGAGGUCCGGGACGAAGGAUCUUAUGUCUAUGAAGAGUUUAUGAAAACCGAUAACAGUGAAGAUAUCAAAAUUUAUACUCUAGGGCCAGAUAUUGUACAUGCUGAGACUCGAAAAUCACCUGUGGUAGAUGGCAUUGUAAAAAGAAACUUGGAUGGUAAAGAAAUAAGAUAUAUCAUCGAAUUAACGCCGGAAGAGCGAGAGAUCGCACGUCGAAUCAGUUGCGCUUUUAGUCAAAAUAUUUGUGGGUUUGACAUCUUGAGAGUCCGUGGCAAGAGUUAUGUGAUCGAUGUCAAUGGCUGGAGUUUUGUCAAAGGCAAUGACAGUUACUAUGAUAAAUGCGCCGACACACUGUCAAAAUUUUGUUUGAAAGCUAUGCCAUCCAAAGCUAAGAUCCCAAUAAGGCUCCCUAUCGCUGAAGAUCCCGUGAAAGAUAAAUCAAAGAAGAAACGACCCGUGUCAGCGGCUUCAUGGUGUUUGAAGGGUACAGUUUGCGUGUUUCGACAUGCUGAUAGGACACCCAAAAAUAAAUUAAAGUUCAAUUUCCUCGUGGGGGAACCCGGCUCAGACCCGUUUUUCAAACUAUUACAAGGUCGUACGGACGAAAUCAUUCUACGCACUCAGUCCCAUCUUAAACUCAUCGCCAAUGCUACCGAUGAAGCUUUCCACAUUGAAGGAUCAGAUCAGACAAAGCUCAAUCAAUUAAAAUUCAUUUUAAAUUCAAAAAUGGGUAAACAAGGACUCAAAGCGCAACUGAAGCCUAGUUUCUCAAAGACUGCGCCUACCGAAUUGGAAAAGAUGAACAUUGUGGUAAAGUGGGGUGGUGAAUUCACUCAUGCGGCUAGAUAUCAAUCUAGAGAUAUUGGGGAGAACUUUGCGCAAGAUCUCAAAGUGAUGAGCAAGACAAUGCUGGACAAUGUGACAAUCUUUUCUAGCUCGGAGAGUCGAGUUGUGGCGACUGCCGAAAUAUUCAGCGCAGGGAUGCUGCAAGGCUCUAAGUUGCACCACAGCAAGACUGCUGAACCCAAUCCGAUCCCAUUGAUCAUCCGUAAAGAUCUACUGGAUGAUUCUAAUGCAGCCAAAGAACCGAUGGAUAAAGUGAAGAAGCGAUUGAAAGUGCUUUUGAGGCAUAAUCAGGGCACCGAAGUUAAUUGGCCAAUUGCAGACAAAGAACCAGUAGAUAUUGUGCAAGAAGUCAUUGUGAUCUUGAAAGAACAGCGUGAAAUCAUGAAUCGUAAUUGGGAAGAGCUGGAUGUGGAUCAAAUCCAAUCGCGCUGGUGUUGUGGAGAAUGCCCAUUCUUGUUCAAAGAGCGCUGGGAAAAGCUUUUUAGUGAUUGGUGUGAUGGGGCAUUAGAUCCAUCAAGAGUCUGUGAACUUUAUGAUUCUCUUAAAUAUGAUUCUUUGCACAAUCGGACUUUUCUCGAGACGAUCUUUUCAUCCUCAACUUACCCCUCAUCCAUCAAUGAUACACCACCACUCAAUAUGCCCGGUUCAGCGCAAUUAAUCUUUUCAAUCACUACAGUUGCUCCGUCAGAAUAUGGGAUAGAGAAAAGUGAGAAAAGAGAGAUCGGUUUGUUGACCUCCUUACCGUUACUUCAAAAAAUACUUGAAGAUCUUAAUGACGCUCGAGAAAGUCAAGAUGGUUUGGCACGAUUUUAUUUUACUAAAGAAUCACACAUGCAUACGUUGGUGAAUUUGAUCAAGAUGUCAUCUUUGAAAUUAGCACAUCGAGAUGUAUUGGAAUUGGAUUACAUGUCUUAUCUUUCUUUUGAAGUUUACGAAAGGAUCUCAGGUGAUUGUGGUAAGAAAGAACAUUCAGUACGAAUCUCUUUAUCAGAAGGAGCCCAUGGAAUUCCAUUAGACACAAGUCUUGAUGCAAAACAUGCCUUACAAGUGAUCCCUAGACGACAAUUGAUUCCUCAUACCGAUUUAGAUGAAGUGAUUGGUACAUUAGAAGAUUGGGGUGAAGAUUUAGCAGAAUUAAAGAAAAGUACGACUCCUUUUGAUGGAUUCUUACCUGUGGAAGGUGAAGAAGUGUUUUCGAUUCAAUCUAAUCCAACGGACUAAAUCAUCUGAGUUUGGAUUGGAUGCAUUCAAACGUAACACGUAUCAGUUUAUUAUAGAUUGGACAAUUUUCUGUUUGUCUUGUUCUCGUUUUAAGAGGUUUAAUCCAAAAGCAUAUUGAACGUUUUUCUUUUUCUCUUAUCUUAUAGCUUAUUAGUCACUUUUUUAAAUCCAUUCAUAGUACAUAUUGCAUUGCAUUUAAUCGAAUAGUUUAUCGUGAAUUCAUCAUUAUUAGUGUAUCCUUUAUGAUUACAAAUUAACCAAUUUAAGUAAUGUAAUGUAAUGCAUGAGAUUC